AUGGGCGAGAUAACAGAAGACGAUAUCAGAGUCGGAUCUUCUGCGGACAUCAAGUGGACCAGAAAAGGCGUGGAGGAUGUUUUUCCAGCACUGCUGCUCAAAACGAGGGUUCAGAAAGGACAGCUUCAGUACAAAGUUCAUUACAAAAACUGGAACAAGCGUUACGACGAGUGGAUCAGCAUAGAACGCGUGAUGCGAAUUUACGACGACGACGGCACUUUGGUCAAGUCCCGUCUUACCUCUAGCGAGGGAAGCGGUCGUUCUUCUCCUGCCGAUUCUGACGAUGAAAAACGGACGACUCGGGGCGCGGCGAAGAAAAAGGCGGCGAGGACGAAGUCGGUCCUGGAGGCGCUCGAGUCUAGCUCUGACGAGGAAGAAAAUGACGAGGAGGAGGGCGAAGAGGAAGAAGAAGAGAACGGCGAGGGAUCGACGGUCUCGGCCGAGGCGAGUUCGGAAGAAACGAAACGGAUCUGCAUCAACUGCGAUAAGCCGGCGCAGGACGCGUCUAAAUACUGCUCCGUCGACUGCAUCUUGAUCAGCACGAAGAAAGCGAAGCAAGAAAGCAAUAAUGGAAAGGAAACUCCAGAACUGAGCCCGCCGCCGCUAGAAAAGGGCGAUCCAGACCAACCAAGCGAAGACGAGGAGGAGGACGAUGAUGAUCGAAACGAAGACGAUGACGACGAUUUCGUCCCUCCGGAAGAUGCAAAAGCGGUAAAGACGAAACGCGGAAGGCCAAAGAAAACCGCGGAGAGCGUGAAAAAGCCGCUGAAGAAGUCGAAAAGCGUCGAAAAAGAAAAGAAAAAGCCGAAACCGCCGCCAGAAAUGAGCGACAAAGAAAUUGAAGAAAUAAUGGAGCAGGUGGCGCCGAUGAAGGAUACCGAUCCAAUCAUUGUGCUCAAAUAUGGACAGCUUCUCACAGGUUACAACGCGCCAAAAAAGAACAACCUUCGCGAAUUUCUUGAGAAAAAUCGCGUAGGAAUCAAAGUCGUUCUGAACAACAAGGCGGAGAAACAGAAACGAGAGGAGGAGAACAAAAUCGCGAAGCAGAAAAAUUUGAACUCGAUGCAGCAAAAGAUGAAAAUGAAAUACGAAGCGGCGAAGAAUGAGGCGCAGAAAGUAGUAAUCAAGGAAGGAUCGAACGCGUACUCGGCCAGGGAGCAGAAAGUGUACAGCGAGACCGAGGCGGAGCGAAAGGCGAGAAAGGAGAAACGAAGAAAAGAGAAAAUGCUCGCGAUGGCAUUUCCAGAAGAAGCGAAAAAGAAACAAGAAAAGAAAAAGGGCCAAGUAAGCGACGACACGCUGGAGCUGAUGCGAGCAAUCAAGGCACGAAGAACAGAGCGCGCGGCUGAAGAAAAAGCGGAAAAAGAAAAGGAACUCAAGGAAAAGAAAAAGGCCGACAAAGAAAGGCGAAAAUCAGACGGGGAUAGGAAGCGUCUUGGAUCGUCUUCAAAUGCUCCAGAAACCCCGACAAAGAAAAGCCGCCGUGAAUCACUACCAGCGACUCCCCAGUCUGUCGAGCGAUCGCGAAAUGCAGUCGAAGACCCGCGAAGUACGAUUCGAAAGAAGCUCCGGGAAAUUCUCAACAAUCGAUCGUCAUUGUCGGCAACGAACGGAACGGAAAAACUGGUGAUGAACCAGGAGAGUAUCGCAAAACUCGUCGCCAAAAUUGAGAAAGAAAUGUUCAAGUCUUUUGGCGAAGUGAACAAGGAUUACAAAAACAAGUUCAGGCAGAUUCAGUUCAACUUGAAGGAGCCGAAGAAUGAUUACUUUUGGAGAAGAGUUAUUACAGGCGAAAUCAGCGCGUCAACGAUGCAUAAAAUGUCAUCGAACGACAUGGCGACGGUGGAAAUGCUCCAAGAGCGUGAAAAACAGCAAAAAGAAGCGCUUGAGCAAGUUUUGAAGAUUGAAGAGCAGAAACAGAAAGAAGCGGCUAGGCCCACGGCGAAAAUUACUCACAAAGGCGAAAUCGAAAUCGAGCGAUUCGACGAUACUGUGAACCGAAGCGAGCUAGAAAUCACCAAUUCGUCGCUAAAUGUCACGGCCGAUCCGACUCCCUCUCCUCGAAAAGCCCAUUCGCCGGAGAAAAAGCUCGAAUCUCCGAAAAAGAAGAAGGUUUCCACGAUUCCGAAGAUUUCCGAUGUGGAAAUGAAGACCAUCGAAAAAAUGAUGAAAGAAGUGGACAACGGCGUUGCUAUUGAUCCGCCAAUGGAGUGGGAAAAUGGAAACGAAGACGAGGAACUUCCAGAGGCGAAGACCCCCGAGUAUGUUUUCGAUCCAGAUUCACCAGACGGAGAACAGCAGGUGCAGAAUCAACAGAGAAUGGAGAAUUCUUCUUCUAGUAACAAGCAGCCAGAGACAGAAGCCCAAACGGAAAUGGAAUCUGAAGAGCCCCCAACUCCUGAAGAAACCAGUUCCGCCUCUCGUGAAUCGUCUCCAGGGAUCAAAGUAAAGCAACCCGACCCAGAAAGCUCAAAUAUCAUGACAAAAGUCUGGACCGGACGAGUCAGCUUUCCAGAAGGCCAAAAAGUCCACGCCAAUGGCUACUUUAUUUCCGGCGGCGUUGAAAAGAAGAUUUUGAAGCGAUCGUUGGCCAGGGAGAUGAAAGUGUGUGGCAGCAUUGGCUUUGCUGACAUUGGAAAGUAUUUAACCGAGGUGCGCGAAGUGAGCGAUCCAAGUCGAAUCUGUGUCAUGGCUCUUUACGGACUUACUGCAAGCGAGCAAGAAGAAUACAGAGAGGCUUUGACCUCCCUCACGGAAAAGGCCAAAUGCGGCGUCGUAAAACUGUCGAGCAGCAACGAAAUUUUCAAGGAUCUGUACAUUGUUCCCCUCAAAGACGACGAAGAACUUCCUAAUUGGUUGCUCCCGAUGAAUGGGCCCGGAUUAGAUGUUGAUCACCCAGCGAUCUUCCUCCUCGUCAUGGUCAAAAGAAAUCAACACCGUUCGUCGCAGCAGAGAAGGCCUGAAAGAGAAAAACACCGAAGUCGAGAGAGAACGUCUUCAAGCCGCUCCCAUCAUUCUGACAAAUCGGGCGACAGCGAAACGCCUCCCGUCGUGGCCCCUGCUUCCGGCAGCGAAAUAACCGCUCCCUCCGUACUUCCUAUCAGCGAAGAAAACUUCGAAAACAUAAAAGAAACGUUGAAGCUCCUCAAUCCGGCGAGUUUGCAGCCUGAUCCGCCGCUCGAAGCGCCGCCAGCACCGCCGGGUUGGGGCAACGACGUCCCGCCGCCUAUCACUCAUCCUCCGAUUCCGCCGCUGUCCCACAAUCCUACUGCCGAUCCGUACUACGACCACCCACCACAUCAGCCUUCACGCGACUUUGACAUGCGCUCUAACCGUCCUCCACCGCCAAGCCACUAUCCUCACGAUGAUCGAGGAUGGGACCGAAGAGGACCUCCACCCAGAGAUGAUUAUUAUAGAGAUGACCGCCGCGGAUAUGAUCGCGGCCCUCCACCACGCGGCUGGCACGACGGUGGUCCCUCUCGCGGAGGUUACCGAGGUGGCGGGCGAGGCCGUGGCCGCGGCUUCCAUCACGGCGGACGUCGAGACUACUAG